AUGCCUCGCCAUCGACCCACCUCCGGCUAUGCCCGUCUUGCACAGGCAGACGAAGAUGAUGGACCACUGGGAGACGAUGAUUCUGGAGACGAGACAUAUACAAAUUCACCAGUUAGUACCCGCUAUGCUUCCAUCCAGCCAGGUCCACGGGAGAGCAUGCGCUCGACUCCGCACCACGAUCAUCGACGAAGACCCACGAGGCCUAUGAGAAGUAAUUCCUCUGGAGUAGACAUCAAAGCUAUCAACGCCAGGCUAGAGAGGUGGGCGGAAGAGAUAGCUUCCAAAUUCAAGAUUACUUCAGUCAAGGGCAAGACGCACGAGGAGGAACAGUUGGAAAUACACCAUUCAGUCUUUCAAGCUCCUCCAGGGAUUCGUCCGUACACGGCCUCCCAAUUGGCAGCUUAUGCCGCUCAAGAGACGGGACGCUUGACCAAAGCCCAGUUUGACGAUAUUGUCGAAAGCGUGAAAGUGGCCAUCGAACUCGGAAUACACCCCAAAAUGAUCUCUCAAGGCAGUUCCGGUAGUUACUUUGCGCGCAACAGUGAAGGCAAAGUGGUUGGUGUCUUCAAGCCGAAAGAUGAAGAGCCAUAUGCGUCAAGAAAUCCCAAAUGGACCAAAUGGAUACACCGAAAUCUGUUCCCCUUCUUCUUCGGCAGGGCCUGUCUUAUUCCGAACUUGUCCUAUGUUUCAGAAGCGGCUGCGUAUGUUCUUGACGUCCAACUAAGGACGUACUUGGUACCUUACACAGAUGUCGUCUGGCUGUCUUCAAAGUCGUUCUUUUAUGAUUUCUGGGAACGGAGAAGCAGCUGGAGAGGGAAGAAAAGCCUUCCCGCCAAAGUUGGCAGUUUCCAGGUUUUCUUAAAAGGAUUCAAGGAUGCCAAUAUCUUUUUACGCGAGAACCCGUGGCCGGACCAGGCAACCGAAUUUCGAGCAGAUCUUGAACACACCCGAAAAAGAAGGCCUUUAACCAAUUGUAUUCGUGGCGGCGGUCAUUCCGAUGACGAAGAAGAGACGCCUCGAGUUCUGUCGCCGCCACUUCAAGAUCAAACCCCCAAAUUCCACUGGACCCCAACAUUAAAACAAGCCUUUCGAGAAGAGCUGGAGAAACUUGUCAUUCUGGACUAUAUAAUGCGAAACACAGACCGGGGAUUGGACAACUGGAUGAUCAAAAUUGAUUGGAAGCUGGAAGAAGUGUCGAUUGUCGCAGAGCCGCCGAAGCCUAAUGGUCCUGCCCAAAAUGGAGACGCUCACCCUCGACCGAUGUCGACGAGUCCACAGCGACCUGAAUCGAAUACCUCCCGACCCUAUAAAAGGUAUGAGGCAAUGGAGAGCCGUUCAGCGACUCCUUCGAAUGCUCGAGAAGAAGGUUACUCUUCGAUUACAAUCGGAGCCAUCGAUAACAGUCUGUCAUGGCCAUGGAAACACCCAGAUGCUUGGCGUAGUUUCCCCUUUGGCUGGCUGUUUCUCCCGGUUUCUCUUAUUGGACAACCGUUUUCGAAGAAAACCCGAGAUCAUUUCCUCCCCCUACUAACGUCAACCGCAUGGUGGAGUGAAACUCAAAUGGCGCUGCGAAGAGUUUUUGCGAUGGAUGCCGAUUUCAAAGAGAGCAUGUUCGCACGACAAAUUGCCGUCAUGAAAGGUCAAGCUUGGAAUGUCGUUGAGACACUUAAACAAGACGAUCAUGGCCCGCUAGAAUUGACAAGACGGACAAGAGUAUGCGUCUGGGACGACUUGGUCGAUGUCCCCGUUGCAAUACCGAUGCGCGUGCCUUCCACAGACAUGGCCCGGAGAGCGGCACACCUUGAUCAAGACGACGAGAUGGACAUAGGAGCGUCUUACGCCUCAGCCCCAUCAGGAAGACAAGCACCACAGCAUGAUCUUCUGGGCUCACCGACAAGCGAGCUUCCCAAUCCAAACCGUUUCGACCUUACCCGCGAGGACAGCGCCGCGGAUCUAGGAUACAUGCCUGGUGAAGAAAGGCCCAGUAGCCCUAUCAACAUCCGCGGCGCCUACGAUUCGACGGACUAUGCCAGAGAAGCAAGAGACAGCCUCGGAAACAGCGCCACGCUUCCUGCCCGCGGCCCGGCCAAGGGCAAGAAUCGAUUCAGCUUCGAAUUCCCCCGCCGUGAAGGCAAUGUCAAUAGCCACAAAAGAAGCUCGCGCAGACAACGAUCAAUGUCGACCCGCAGCGGCAAACCCCCGCCUAUUGUUUACGAAGGCGACGACCUUGAAGGCGAUCUCGGCUACGCGGCUGCAAGCGACAUGGAACAACAUAAACGCAAAGUCAUCGUCGAGAGAUUGGAGACCGUCAAGAGCAAGAAACCCUUCUUCACCUGGUGUUGA